GCUUCAGCUCGGUGAACAGUGGUGAACAGAUCGCGCAGUCAAUCCUCUAUAAGUGUAUGGAUAUUCCUAAAUAUGUAAAUAUCCGUUAACGAAAUAAGUUACACGGAUAUUUCUAAAAGACUUUUGAGUCAGAGAUAUUAGCCAUUUAAUUACCCAUCAAUUUAUGAACGAAAUAUAGAUAACUUGGUGACAAUAUUCAAUCAUCUUCGGAAAUCUCAGGUACGGCAAAUGUGUUUAUGACAGAUUUGCAGUAAUUUGAAAUCAGGAAAACGGUUAUUAAACGCCUUUGAAAUCGUGAUCUGAAAUCAUUUUAAAUGAUUAGAAAUUAUGUAAAAUUAUGAGGUCGAAUUUAAUAAUCUCAUUCGUAAUGUCAGUUGCGGAUUUAUAGUUGUGGAAACCCUAGGGCAACAAAGAAGUGGGAGGCCCCUAAUUAUUUUUCAAACAAGAUAGGAAAAUUUCAUUUUUAUAGUGUAACAAUAAUUUAUUGUGAGACAUAUGCAAUGAUGUCAACUAACACAUGUCGAUAUUGUAAAAUACAAGAAAUGAGCCACAUUAAAUUACAUCGUUAGGCGAAUGGAAUUUUGCGAGCUUUUUUCGACGCAAAGUCAUCAAUGAUAUCGGUAAAAUCCCGGAGAAAAUCACUUUCAAUGCUGAGUACGGAUAACUUUGACUAACGGCUUUGACUUAUAGUAGUUCGUAACCUAUUUUUUAUAAUUUUCAUUUUGGAAAAUGAGCGCUCUCCAGUGCAGUUCGACACCAUCAACACUAGAUACAUUCUCAAUGUAAUUUCAACGUUUGGGAAUGUAGCUCUAAAUUUUUUUUUUGUCAGAAGAGUAAUUUUACAUACCAUUUGCUAGCAAAUUUUACCAAAAAUUGUGUCAGCCCCGGUUGCCCCCCUCUAAACCCGGAACUGCGUAAUUUUAUUGCUAUUUUGUAACUUGAAACCGUCAGUCAUGCGGUAAACCGUAACUUACGGGAAAAACGAAAUUUCUAUACUCAUCUUUCCCUAUAGAGUCGUUGCAAAAGCAUAAAUGAUUCUUUUUUCAUAUCCCUGGUGAUAAUGAUUUUUACGGUUUUCUACAAAUUUUUGUGGAAAGUUGGGACAUUGCCUACAAAAUUGUGUAUAAGCAUACUUUCUCAUAAAAAUUUGUAGAUUUUUGUGAAAAUUUGAAUUUUUUCAGUAAAAAAUCGAUACGCCACCACGAUUUCUAAAGAAAAUUGACAAUUUUUCAUGAAAAACUAUGCAUGUUUACAAUUUUGUACGAAAUAAUACGGAAUGGCCCAAUUCCUGCCAAAAAAAUCGUAGUAGUAAUAAUUUUCACCAGGGAAGUUUCGCUAUGUUUCCGCUGUGAAAUUGAACUUCGUGCACGAUCGGUAGAAAAUAUUUAAAACUGCAUUUUACAACUUUAUUGUAAAUAAUUGGUGGGGUGGUUGGGUCAUAAAUCUCGUAAAAUCAGACUAACAGUAAAUCAGGUUGAAAGUUUCUGGAAUCAUUUGGCAUCGCUUUUACGCCUUGACGUUCGAGCGAAUUGAAGCCCCUGACUUUUGAACUGUAUGAUCCGCGAAUGUUAUCGAGGCGCAUGAGUCAUUAAUUUUAUUAAUUUACCCAACACUUUCGUCAGAGCUUUCGCAUGUCGUUCAUUACAAAAUCUACAACCCGUUUGAGGUUUUUUCAAGAAUUUCCUUCGGUGGAGUUUAAAGGAUAUGAUGACUCAAUAACUCCAUUUUAAUUAUUGUUUUAUUUAUGUAUUUACUGUAUAUACGAUAUUUCCACUAAUUAUUAAAACGUACUUCGCAGCAUAUUUUGGCUACAUUGCGUCCACUUGCCACUAGAUAGGAUUCAGAGAUCAUCUUAUACCAUCUUUUAUGUUCGUACGUGGAAACAAUUAUGCAUAUGUAUACCUACGUGACAAACACGUAUCCUUCGUUUCAACAAAUAGCAUGAAAUUCGUCGUUAAUUUACAAUGCCCUGGGGAAAAUCCGCACAAUUCAUAUCCGACAAGUUCUGUUCAACGGAAUAAUAGAAACCCAUUUUGCGCAGUGUUUGUUCCAUACGUUGAUCCAAGAACCGAGUCUUGAUUUCGCGGUAGCGACUCGGGUAAUUGUCGCCACUCAUCAUCGAAGUCGGAAUUUUCAGUGCCGAAGAGAAUAUGUCGGUGUCGCAGUGUGUUUACUUUGCGUGCGAGAAUGCAGCAUAGUCGGGCGGUCGACUCCAUCGCUCUUGGGGAGUAAGUAGGGGAACAAAAGCGCUCAGACGAUAGACAGUCGGCGUUCGAGUUUAUUUCGUCUGUCGUUGACGUGGGAACAAGUGGGAAAAAGAUGUCGUUUGAAGAGGGAUUAAUGAUGUGUUUCGACGGUACAACAGGCGCCGAGAGUUUAGACGGGGAUGAUUCUGACGACAGUAAAAAAAAGGACAUAAGCCCAGAUGCUGCAUUUGAAGACUCACUUAACGACAUGACCGAUCUUUAUGGACAAACACCUCCUAGAACACGCUUCAACAGACGGCAGAAGGAAAAAAAGCAGAAAGACAUUCAAUCGUAGAGAGCUCAAGUCUACUUCAAAGUCAGUGCACAGCAAACCACAAAUAAGUAGACGUAACACAUUCGACACUAUGUUGUUUAAUGAAAUGUGUGAUAAAGCUGACAAAGAUAGAGAUAGAGAAACUGAGGGCGAAGUGCUGAAAGAGGGAAGUCGUAGAAAUAAAAAGAAUUGGAAGCUGUCACGAGGUUCUGAAAGAGAUCUAAAAUUGGAUGUUUCUACAGCUGUUAGUUAUGGCAAAAAAGCAGAGAAACCAUUAGUUAAAACACCUGUUAUUAGGGUUGAGACUAGAAACCGAUUUCGUAGUUUGCAUUCAAAACCAGUGGAUGUUGAGGGAAUAAAGAGUGAAACAGAUACACUUGAAACAACUCUUAAAGAAAGAGACGCUCUAUCCGCUAAGACUCCAAAAUCUCUAAGUUUAAAAGAAAGAGAAAUUUUUCAUGAUACCUUUUCGUUUUUAAUCAAACUGGGCAGUAACGACAAAGAACGAAAUUGUAGACGUCAAAUGAGUCACGAAGAGACAUUGUGGCAAAACGAAUUGAAAGACUUGAUAUGGCUUGAAUUACAAGCUCAUCACGCAGACCGUAGUCCAACAGCACAAGAUGAAUAUCUGUGCAGGCAGCGGGAAGCCGUCGGAUCAUUAUUGACUGAAAUUAUGGAAUUCAGAUUUGAUCCAACUAGCCUCUCCGAUACUGGAUCAUUGUCCACAAUUUCAGGUGACAGCGGAAUUGAAGAUGCUGUAAAUCCUGUUUUGACUGCAAAUUCUGACAUGAGUUUGUGUCCUGGUUGCCUGUCAAUGUACUGUCGUGCCUGCACACGUGCUCAAGCAGAGGCGUUAAAGCAAGUAGAAAAUCUUUUGGGAAGAUUGGAAGCAGCUGAAGCUCUUUACCCAUCAUCACAUGCAUUGGCUGUUCAGUAUCCUAUGUACAAAAGCCAAGAAUUUAUGGGUAGAGUCAAGGCAUUGUGCCUCUGGUACAAUAUGACAAAGCAUCAAAAACUGAAAUUGUUGAUCCUAGGCAAACUUCUCACUCUUUUGAAUACAAAAAAGAGACAAGAAGAAUCGGCUGAUUCAGGCACAAGUUCGAGGUCAUCAGAUACAAUAGACUCUGUAGAUGCACGUCAAACUUUGGUUCGCUUUAAUUUAUCGCAGACGGAAGAGAAUACAAGUCCCAGCGACAGUAACACCAGUACAUCGUCUAUAGAAACGUCAUCACUUCAUCGUUUUUGGCCCUCCACCCCUGAAUCAGGAAUUCUUACACCUACGGAUGACGACAAAAACCAUCUUGACUCUUAUCUAAUGGAAUUAGACCGGCAUGCUUACAGAAAGUACAUUGAAGAUGUAUUAAAAAUUCGAGGCCUUCGAAAAAGUCUCCAGUUUUUAGAACGACUACAUACAUCAGUUUUGCGCAAAGUCAGAUUGACUUUGGAAAAAUAUGACGCCAGUGAUAUGGAUAGCAGUGCUACUGAAGAGUAUGAAGGCGAUACAGAACUAAAACGAUAUGGAGCUUGGAGUCCUGAAUCAAAAGAGCUGAAUCUCCCAUCUUACAGGGCAGCAUUUGUAUUUCUUUCUCGUGUGCCGCUGGAUGUAGUACACGAAUUUCUGAGAAUGAGACUAGAACAGAAGCCUGAGCAGCCUAGUGCCCUAUCCGUUCGGCAAUUGAUGCGAGAACUACGUGAAGGUUUGAAAAUCGCAUGUGUACAUCGACAGAGAUUUGAAGAGCACUCUCUGGCUGCUGUUGCUGCUGAUAAAAAUACUAGCGAAAUACUUUUUUACGAAGAAAUCCAAGAAUUCGACAAAAGUUUAAAGGCGGUAUUUGAACUGUACUUAAAUUAUUUGCAACAAUGGGUUGAUAUGGUGCAGCACGAAAGUUUUCAAAAGAAUUUUAUUGAAGAAGAAUGGUCGUUCAUCAUUUCUAUUGCUGGUAAUAUCUCUGAUGGAUUCGAUAUAGCCAGCGUAAAAUUUUGUGAAAUGGCAUGUACCAUGAUAGAACAAGCCAAAGAAUUUUUAACCAGUCGGCCAACUGAAAUUUGGGAAGAAGCUACGGCAGAGGAAGACGAAGUUAAGUUGUUGAAAAACCAAAUCAUGACUGCAGCCAGAGAAGUGCAGGGUAUGUUUGUUAUUGCUAAAGACAAAGUGAUAAGAAAUAUUACGUUCAUCAAAUGCUUGAGACGGGAUAUCCAAAAAUUUUCAAAUAGCCCUGAAACUGCAGAGUCGAUCAAUAAGUUGAAAACCGCAGUGAUGGAUCUGAGACACCAAAUAACAUCGACAAUUGAAAAUGUGCAAAUGGGAGUAAAUGAAGCAGAAGAACCAAAAUUAGAAUCUGAUCGUCUGGCUUUGAGGUCCAGAGUAAGGGAAGUCUUACAUCAAGCUUAUAAGAUGGGAUUUGAAUACCACAAGGAACUUUGCAAGCUAUUCUUACCUGAGGAAAGAUCGGUGCUAGUUCGUGGCUUGGUUAGCUUUGCUCUUUUAUGGAUGGACUUUGUUAGAUCUUGCUGCGACCGAGGCCGUGGCCUAAGACCGAGGUGGGCAAAUCAAGGACUGGACUUUCUUAUGACAGUCUGUGAACCAUUGAACACAAAACAUUUAACGGACCAAGAGUUUGAGGAACUGAAAACUUCUAUGGACCGCUGUAUCUCACAUGUCAUUGGAACAGCCACUCCCACUUCGCCUGCUGAUGUCGAAAAUUUGAGGAAACUGCCGCGUUCGAGAACAGCUUCUCCAGCUCGUCCAAAAAGCAGGACACCAAACAGCAGCAGCGUACAAAAAUAUCGAGAGAAUCUAGAAUUUCCGGACCCGGCAACAGUGUCACAAAAGAAUAAUUCGUCCAGUUUGACAGAUGGAGUAUCAGCUGUAACAUUAAUAGUACCUGAACACAAAUUACUAGCCAGACACCAGCGGGUAUCUCUUGCUGUCAAAAAAUUGGAACAAAAACUGGAUGAGGACUUGAUAAACAGACAAGUUAUCGGUCACGUGACAGAGAGGCGGCCAGCUGAUAGGGUUCAUAUUAAAUCGAGAUGUGUUACCUUUACCUGGCAGCGUGGUAUAAAAAUUGGUCAGGGUCGAUUUGGCAAAGUUUACACCGUUGUAAAUAAUAUAACUGGUGAGCUUCUUGCCAUGAAAGAAGUUCAGCUCCAGCCAGGCGAUCACAGAGCAAUUAGAAGGGUAGCUGAAGAAUUGCAGAUAUUUGAAGGAAUCCAACAUAAACAUUUGGUUCGCUACCACGGUAUUGAAAUUCAUAGGGAAGAAAUGCUCAUUUUUAUGGAAUUUUGUGCCGAAGGCACACUUGAAAGCUUGGUGGCUGGCAGUGGAAAUGGACUACCUGAACCACUGGUCAGAAAAUAUACCCAUCAACUCCUAUUGGCUGUUUCAGUACUACAUUCGCAUGGUGUUGUACACAGAGAUAUCAAAACUGCGAAUAUAUUUUUGACCGACGAAGAGAAUUGCCUGAAACUAGGUGAUUUUGGUUCAGCAGUUAAAAUAAAGGCACACACGACAAUGCCAGGUGAACUCCAAGGAUUUGUUGGAACUCAAGCUUAUAUGGCUCCAGAAGUGUUCAUGAAAACGGAAUCCGAAGGACAUGGACGAGCUGCCGAUAUUUGGUCGGUUGGCUGCUGUGUAGUAGAAAUGUCCAGUGGAAAAAGGCCUUGGGCAGAAUAUGACUCAAAUUACCAAAUUAUGUUCAAAGUUGGUAUGGGCGAAAGUCCAACACCACCUAGACAUCUGUCAGUGGAGGGUCAUGAGUUUAUUGCUAAAUGCUUACAGCAUGACUCAAAGCUACGGCCAACAGCGGCUGUGUUGCUCACAGAUACGUUUGCUCGGUUAAGCGACGACGAUAGGUGAAUAACGAAAGAACCCACUGACUAAAGUGUUCGCUACGGUAGGCUUUGUUAGUAUUUCUAUUAUUUUACCAGUACUAAGUAUUUUGAAUUAUUUUAUUCGAACUCAGUCAUUUUAUUGAUGAUUCAUCAAGUGAUGUAUUAGCGCGAAAGGGUUAUGCUGAGCAUACAAUCUUGUAUUUGUGACGUAUCUACAUGUUCGCAUGCGUUACAUAUACAUUACUGAUUACAUAUUUUUUAAGUGUCCAAUAUCGUUAUGAUUUCAUUGUAAAAGUACAAAGAAGGAAAGAAUUCUUUCUUCGGUAUAUAAUAUAUGUGCUAUUGUCAUAUGUGAUAUAUAUGUAUAGGUAUAUGUAUAUAAUGUUGAAUUAUAUUCGUUGAAUCAUAAGUGUAACAUGUCCAUAAUUUAAGCAAUCCUAUUCUUUAUUCAGUGAAUGACAGUAGUAAACCAAGUGCCUUGUACUAGCACCAUGGCAUGAACAAAUUGUUUGCUUAAGUUCGAUAUGUUGCACUUAUGAUUUAACGAACAAAAUUCAACGUUGAGAUGUUGAAUCCAAGCACCUGAUGGAUAAUAGAUGUUGACGUAAUAGUUUCAUUUGAAAUGAUUUUGCUAUUGUUUGACAGGGUGGCCACUGGUCAGGGAAAACUGGAAAACCUGGAAAAGUCAGGGAAUUCCGAAAUUCUGGAAUAGUCAAGGAAAAGUCAGGGGGUUUUGCGGAAAGUCAGGGAAAUUGAUUUUUUUUCGUAUAAACACGCACCGCAAUUUUUUUUGUAGCUUGUAGAUAAAUUAGAUAGAAUACGAAUUUUUUUUUACCAUCACUGGACGAUUCUUUUUCAGGAUGACCACUGGUCAGGGAAUUCUGGAAAACCUGGAAAUGUCAUGGAAUUCUGCAAUUCUCGAAUAAUCAGGGAAUCGUUUACUAUAUACUUUUUUCAUACAAAUACGUCCCACAGUUUUUUUUAAGCUUUAGAUAAAUUAGAUCGAAUACGAAUUUUCUUACCAUCACCGGAAGGUUCUCUUCAAACUUUGAAUACUCCUAAAUAUUACCUUACAAACGACUGUGCAUCGGCUAGAUGGCUAGAUGGGACAGUGUGACCCAAGUGACGGUUCGUACUUUCGUCUAGAAAAAAAAAAAAAAAAAUUGUAUAGAAAAUACGUAUAUUUUUUUUUCAAUUUGUUAUAACGAAUUUAUUCAAAUUGUUCAGGAAAAAUUAUAAGAUUUCUUGUCUGGAAAACCUGGAAAAGGCAGGGAAUUUCGUGAUGGAGAUUUAGUGGCCACCCUGUUUAACGACUUGGUAUGUAGAGUAUUAAUUACAGGAUAUUUAAAUAAAAAGCAAUAACUGCAGGAA